GAAAGUAGUACUCUUUUUUUGAUGUGCCGAUGUUUUGGUCCAGGGCAUGCCCGCCACUAAAGUAAAGCCCCGAAGGUCUUGUCCACGGACUAAGCUCAGCGCAAUGACAGACUGUGGCAAUGCUAAAAUAGCUAUUUAAGAAUCGAAAUCCUCUCGUGUCACAAUACCGACGACUUGCUUGAUCACUGGAACACGAUGCUAUGUGCCUAAAUUUUAUGUUAUGGCGGCACCAGUUAACAGCCGCGAUGAUCCAACUCACAGUCAACCAAUGAAGCGCAAGAGAGCCCGGGCUUCAAGAGUACGUUCUGGAUGUAAAACGUGGUCGGUUCCGUUCUCUUCCGGAUUUCUUCUAUUCCAAUUGUUUGCCGAGAUCGGGGACUAACAUCUCAUGUAACAGCAAAAUACGUCAUCUCAAAUGCGACGAGGCGAAGCCGACAUGUCACCGUUGCUCUAAAGACCGGGUGAAAUGCGACGGUUAUGACCCCCCGCGCCAGGCGAGUGUGGCCUAUCAUGAAGGACACCCAGAGUAUAACACAAUACAAUUUGUCCAGCCCAAACAGUCACUGCUCACAGAUAUAAACUCCUCAGAUCUAUAUUUCAAUCAUGCUGUCCAAUACACGAUCCAGGAUUUGUCCGAUUCAACGACAAGCAUAAAUUUUUGGAUCGACUUCCUCCCCCGGUCCUUAUCGCAGAUUGCAGCAACACGCUAUGCCUUGUUAGCAUUAGCAGCUGCUCAUAUCGACUUCCUAACACAAAAGACAGUUAGCUACAGCGCUGCAACGGCAACUAAGCACGAACGAUUUGUUAUACUGCACUAUAACAUGGCAAUUCGGCAUUUGCAACCUCUUAUGUCUAAGGCGACACUAGAAGAUUUUGAGGCUGCCCUAGCUUGUUGUAUCUUGUUUAUAUGCCUUGAGAAUAUUCGAGGUCGAUAUGCCGAAUCACUUAAGCACUUACAAUCCGGAGUUAGCUUGCUUGUGUCUUUGUUGGUUCCCGAUUCGAAGCGUCGCUUUUUGGCAUCCCGAAAAGGUCGUCUCCCAGUGGCGUUGCACCAAGCAAUAUCAUCCACGUGCCAAAACAAGCGUAAUAUAGACCAAAUCGCCUUGCUAUUCUCCCGCCUUAGUCUGGAGACGCAUAUUCUCACAGACAGUGAAGUGCUUCCACUCAUAACCAUCUCACGCGCAACUCCGGAUCUCGGCCAACUCGAGCUUCAGUCACUCACGCCGAUCAUGACAUUGGAUGCUGCUAGAGCCGAGCUUCAUUCAUUUGAGAUUGCUCAUGAUAUGUUUUAUCAGCAAGCGUACAGUAAUAUUCAAAGCAGGCCAUCUCAUGGCGAUGUACAACCCAAUCAGCAGCCCGAGUACUUCUUGAAUCUGUUUAGCUGGGAUGAAAAAGUUGCUUAUCAACAAAUAUACCAACAAUUUUGGCAAUGGAGCGCCCGUUUCGACCAGUAUAUCCUCGAACGCGCUUCUUUUCCAAGGUCUUCUAAUAAGGAUUUAUCCGACGCUUCCAAGAUACGUCUUCUUCAAAAGACAUGGACUGCUAUGUUAGACAAAGAGCCGUGGACAUUCAGCGGCCAACAUUUUCCUGCACUCGGCGUCUUGGAUGAGUUCCUACCUGAAGUCGAAUCGAUCAUCAAAUUGAGGGGUCCUUCCUCACGUCCUCUCAUUACGUUUAGCGCCGACAUUGUACCCUAUAUAACGAUUGCUGGGUAUUUAACGGAUGAUUUGGCGUUGCUACGGCGAAUUAUCAGCUCCCUUAAACUGCUUGAUAGGAGGGAAGGAUUUUGGGAUAGCAAGGAUAUUGCUGAGAUCUUUGAGGCCUCUAUCAUAGCACAUGCGGAUUUUGGAUUGGAUGUCAGGCACAAUAGUAGGGGCAUUCUUCACAUGGCCAAGAUUCUUUCGGACAUGAAUAUCCCAUCUAUUUCGCCGAACAACUCGAUCGCUUUACUGGCUAGAAAUAUCGAACUAUGAGGGUAACUUCCACAGCAAGAAUGCCAAAUAUGUAAAAAUAAAAGAAUAAUAGUUGAUUUAAAUUCAUGGCAGUAUCAUUGACAUGCCAACCACGACAAUUUUAUGGAAUUGAUUCCACUAGCUUCUUGAUUGAGUACCUCACAGUGCCAAAUUCUUUUACUUAACUAUAUGCGAGUAGUUAGACGUGUACAGAAAACAAAACUACUUUGAAUGACUUAGAAUAAAUCUAUUGUGGCCGA